GUACCCUCCAAGUCUGGUCUGUCAUUAGAUCAAGUCGAUGAUCAUUCUCUCCUGCCUGCUUUUGGCGAUGCUGAAGCUAAUGAAAGCCCAUCCGCAUUGAAACUUAUUAAGGCACUUAAUCCGAGCCCGCGACAUACUUGGCUCUCUGAGCUCUCUGAUCAUUGCGUUGCUGAGACCACCACUGAUAACUUUACUCGUCAGAGUGGACUAGGAUCGAGUGAAUCACCUCGAAUCAGUGGCGCGCUUACGACGUCCGAAUCACACGCUAGUCCUGAUUCGCUAAUCCGAGGCCGUGGUCGUGGCCGAGCCCGUGGACGCGGGGUCCGUGGAUCUUGGUCCAGAGGCCGAAGUGUAUCAGUUGGACAAAUACCUCCCGAAACUGGAGCAUUUUCACUCCAUUCUCAGAUGACGCAUCCCGAGAAAGCCGAAUCUAUUGGACUUGAGGCAGCAUCCUUACAUGGGGAAUCCGGACCCGAGAAUGACAAGGAGUUGGGGGUAGAUGGCCCACUAAGUGGAUAUUCUCAGACAAGACCUGGCCGGCCUAUUGGUUCAGGAACUUGCCGUCGAGGACGCCGAGAACUGGCCAUUGUUGGGGCUUCUUCGGUUGGUCCUUCGGAUUUAGUCCUAUCUGAUCUUGAGAUUACUUCGGCCAGACGACGGCGCCAGGUUAAUGCUUUCCAUGCAUCGGCGCAAGCUGAGUCAACGCUAUGUACCGAGGGAGCUGGUGGACUGUCAGACCCUCCCGUGGGUCCACAAAUGCAGUUGGAGCUCAAUGGCGGUAUUGCUGGUAAUUAG